GCGAACUUUUACUCUUUUAGAGUAGGUUUGAUAUAUAACUCGCAUACCUCGAGGUGAACGAAUCGAAAGCUGGACUCCAUCGCCUUCUUCCCUCAGCAACGACUGCGACUGCGACUCCGUCAGAUUGAAUCUUCGCAAGGAAGCUUAGUGUACGAAUCUGAGGACAAUUCGAGAACCGGAGAAUCACAUUCAGCGGUUGCAGAUUUUGAUAAUCUGAGAGCUUUGGUCACUAGCAAUGGAUUCGAAGCUUUGGCACCGAAUUUUGAUUGCAAUUCAGUGAACUUCGUCGGUCAUCUUGUUCUUCCCCCAAGUCCGACUCCGUCGAUCUUCUCCUCCAACGAAUUACUUGAUUUUGUGCAGCUUGCAACGAUUGAAAAGGUGCCAGAAUUUCUCAAUAUUCUGCUUGCAAAAGAAAAGAAGAGUAAGUCUCUAUCAUUGAUGGAUAGGAGUUGGAUUCAGUUACGCACUAGGGGAAAGCGAGAAUAUAUCAAUGGGGUGAAACAAUUCAUGAAUUUUGCAAUUGCCCACAAGAAGCCAGGGUCUGAAUUAAUUCCUUGUCCAUGCAUGGAUUGCAAUAAUUUUCGUAAAUAUAGCCCAGACCAAGUUGAGGAUCAUUUAUAUGCAAAUGGCAUGGCUAUGUAUUAUACUAAGUGGACAGAUCAUGGAGAAGAAGACAAUGAUUUUGAACCAGAAGAUGAUAUCAUGGAAUUUGAAAAUGAAGAGGAUGUUGAUGAUGUAGUUGAGAUGUUAAAUGAGUUCCAAGCUCAUGAUGAUAGUGAUUCUCAAGAACAUGUCCCUAUCAUGGAAGAAAGUAAGUUUAGACGAUUGAAGAGCGAUGCUGAGCAAGAGUUGUAUCCAGGUUGUCAAAAAUUCUCUAAAUUGUCCUUCAUUGUGAAGUUGCUUCAUUUGAAGAUAAUGUUUCGUGGCAGCAACAAGUUCUUUACAGCAUUGCUUGAGUUAGUCAAGGAGGCAUUACCUGAUGGAAACACAUGUCCCAGAUCUUAUUAUGAAUCAAAAAAGGUUAUUCGUGACUUGGGUCUCAGUUAUGACAAGAUUCAUGCAUGUAAAAACGAUUGUGUACUCUUUUGGGAGAAGUAUGAAGAUAAAUUAGAGUGUCCAGUAUGUAAUGAGCCUAGGUACUCUUCUGAUAAUGGCAAGAAGAAGGUUCCCCAGAAAAUCUUGAGAUACUUUCCCUUAACUCCAAGGCUGCAAAGAUUAUUUAUAUCGAAGAAAACAGCUGUAGAUAUGAGAUGGCACAAGGAUAAAAGGCCAAAUGAUGAGUAUAUGAGGCAUCCUGCUGAUUCUCAAGCAUGGAAGGAUUUUGAUCUAAAGCAUGAGUCAUUUUCCAUGGAUUCUCGCAAUGUUCAACUUGGAUUAUCAACUGAUGGUUUUAAUCCAUUUGGUAAUUUGAGUACCUCAUAUAGCAUGUGGCCGGUAUUUCUUGUUCCAUACAAUCUCCCGCCGUGGAAAUGUAUGAAAGAUCCAUACUUUAUGAUGUCAUUGCUUAUUCCUGGACCAAGAGCUCCUGGAAAUGACAUUGACGUGUUUCUACAACCUUUAAUUAAAGAGUUAAAGGAACUAUGGGAGAUUGGGGUUGCUACAUAUGAUGCUGAAUCUGGACACAAUUUCUGCUUACAAGCUGCAUUACUAUGGACAAUAAACGACUUCCCUGCCUAUGCGAAUUUGUCUGGAUGGAGUACCAAAGGAAAACUGGCGUGCCCUACAUGCAAUGAGCAGACACCUCAUCAGUGGUUAAAUAAUUGGCAGAAAACUGUCUAUUAUGAUCAUCGUCGUUUUCUGCCACGAGGCCAUAGUUUGAGAAAAAAUUUGGAGUUCAACGGUAAAGUUGAGAAGAGAAUGAAACCUGCCUUAUUAUCAGGGGAUGAUGUGGUUUGCCAAUUGACUCAUGUUUCACAACCAUGUUUUGGAAAGGGGAAGAAGAGAAAGAGGUCAGCUGAUUAUUUAAAUUGGAAAAAACAAAGUAUUUUCUUUGAUUUACCCUAUUGGCAUACACUCAAGUUACGCCACAAUCUUGAUGUAAUGCAUAUAGAAAAAAAUAUAUGCGACAAUCUUUUGGCAACAUUGAUGGACACUGAAGGCAAGACAAAGGAUUCAUAUAAGACUCGUCUUGAUAUGGAAGAGAUGGGCAUCAAGUCUGAUUUACACCCCAAAUCUAUUGAUGGUGUAAUUAAGUUUAUAUCAGCAUAUUAUACUUUCAGUACCAAAUGCGAUCAUCUACUCAAGAGCUUUUAAAGCUUGUUAAGUCAGCGAGCAAGCCUACAACAACAGCACAAGCAACAACAUCCUCAUUGCACUCAUCAGUAGAGCAGAUUCUCACUUCCAAUCGUACUCAACCUGCAAAACAUCUCUCUCAACCUCCAAAACAUCUCUCUCAACCUCCAAUUCAAUCGUCACCACUUAAGCGAAUGCUACGAUCAUCUUCUGUUUAGGAAGGGUCAACUUCUAUUCAACAAGAAUCUGCUUCAACUAUAAAUGUCACAGAGCCUUCUCAAGUUCGUUCUUCACCAUUUGUGGAUGAGGUCACUAACACU